CUAGCGGACCGACGGAGCGAAAGCCUUCCGGGAAUUUCGGCGCCGCCUUGCAAGUAUGGCGACGGAAACGUCCACUUCGGCGGCCGCUGGCUCGGGGGCAGGGAACUGGGUGGAGUCGUACACGGGGAUGUCCACGGACAACAUCAAGGGCCUGGUGCUCGCGCUCUCCUCCAGCGUCUUCAUCGGCUCCAGCUUCAUCGUCAAGAAGAAGGGGCUCAGGAAGGCCGGCGCAUCCGGCGUCCGCGCAGGGGUUGGUGGUUACUCUUACUUGUAUGAACCGUUAUGGUGGGCAGGGAUGAUUACAAUGAUUGUUGGAGAAAUUGCCAACUUUGCGGCAUAUGCAUUCGCUCCUGCUAUCUUGGUCACGCCACUUGGUGCACUUAGCGUCAUCAUUAGUGCUGUUCUUGCACACAUUAUGUUGAAGGAGAGGCUACAUAUAUUUGGUAUGCUAGGGUGUGUUCUUUGCGUCGUGGGCUCAACAACUAUUGUGCUUCAUGCUCCUCAGGAGCGUGAAAUUGAGUCUGUCGCAGAAGUAUGGGAUCUUGCUACAGAACCAGCCUUUCUAUUUUAUGCUACUGUCGUGCUUGCUGCAACUUUUGUGCUCAUAUUCCGCUGCAUCCCAAAGUAUGGUCAGACACAUAUCAUGGUGUAUAUUGGUGUCUGUUCACUUGUUGGAUCUCUGUCGGUCAUGAGCGUGAAAGCUCUUGGGAUAGCCUUGAAACUGACAUUUUCUGGGAUGAACCAGCUAAUCUAUCCACAGACUUGGCUGUUCACAGUUGUAGUUGUUGCAUGUAUAUUAACACAGAUGAACUAUCUGAACAAGGCUCUUGACACAUUCAAUACUGCAGUUGUUUCACCAAUAUACUAUACAAUGUUUACAUCACUAACCAUACUGGCUAGUGUCAUAAUGUUCAAGGACUGGGAUCGUCAAAAUCCAACUCAAAUUGUGACAGAGAUGUGCGGUUUUGUUACCAUCCUUUCUGGUACAUUCCUUCUUCAUAAGACUAAAGAUAUGGUUGAUGGUCUCCCACCGACUCUACCAAUCAGGAUCUCUAGACAUACAGAUGACAAUGGGUACGGGGCUGAAGGAAUUCCUCUCAGAUCUGCUGCCGAAGGCAUCCCUCUCAGGUCACCAAGAGCAGCAGAAUAAUUUUUGACAAACGUGAGAUGCUUGGUGAUCCUCCUUACCAUGGUCAGCAUUCUUUCAUUCCAUCCAGUUCGUAGAUUGUACUAUAGGGCGCUAAACAGGAAAAGGCUCGGAUCCUCGUGUAAUUUUUGAGGAACAGGUAGAGUGUUGGGGGAUAAGUCUUAUACAUAUUUGAGAUACCCAGAAUGGAUAAGAGUCAGAAGUUUUUCAUGUAAAUCACUCUGAUUGAUACAGGCCAUUAUCUGUGACUGUUGUAUCUGGGAAAGAGGGAAAGAAUCCUAAGCACAUACACUCAAGAACCAUUUGCCUCCUUUCCCUUGUUGAAUCUACACAUUGUUUUCUCAAA